AUGACAGCCCCAUCCAACCCACCACCUCUCUUCCUCAUCCCCUUCUUGAACAGUGUGCGUUCACGUCGUCACCUCGUCCAGGUGUGUCGUGCCGAAGGUCACGUCCAGGAGGUUCACGAGCUCAUUAGGGCGGUGGUUAAGGGCGAGGUUAAGUUUCUCAACGAGGAGGCAAAGGAGAAAUUUGACAUCAAGAUUUUUCUCAUUCGACGUGCCUCCGACAAGCUGACGUGUUAUGUGCGCGGCCACCCCCACACUCGCAUUUUGACUCGCGUUGCGGAGCUCGAGGAAGACCUCGCCCGUUUCGAAGCUUUCAUUGUUAAGCACAAGGAGGUCCAGGCCAAUGCGAUAGAAACCUGA